AGAAAGCGCGACAAAUUUGAAGACAAUCUCGACAAAAUCCAAGAUGUCGCUGUUCAAAGCGCGAGAUUGGUGGUCUACUUUCUGUGGUAGCAACGAAGAAUUCGAUACAGGAUGUAUGUCCGUCUCAAAUAUAGAUAACAACGCCACGUAUUCAGACAAAGUUAUCGUUGGGAGCUAUCAUGGUAUUUUACGAAUUUAUAAUCCCAAAGAGGCACAAUUCAAGGCAGAGGAUCUUAUGUUAGAAAUACAACUACAACAAGCGAUAUUACAAGUUGAGUCUGGGAAGUUUAUCUCGGGCUCAGAUAAGAUCCAACUAGCAGUACUCCAUCCUAGAAAACUAGCAGUCUAUGCUAUUUCAUCUGUUUCUGGAGCUGUAGAACAUGGUACCCAUUAUUCCCUAAACAUGGUCUAUGAACACAUUUUAGAAAGAAGUGCUUUUAAUAUGACAUAUGGACCAUUUGGUGGUGUGAAAGGCAAAGACUUCAUCUGUGUACAGUCCUUGGAUGGAGUGUUGUCAUUUUUUGAACAAGAAAGCUUUGGUUUUAGUCGUUUUAUCCCUAGUUUUUUACUUCCUGGUCCACUUGCAUAUGUUGCCAAAACAGACUCGUUUGCAUUAUGUACCUCAUCAAGAACAGUAGACUCUUACAAAUACCAGACCCUAGCUGUGGCAACAGAUGCUAAUAAUAAAGAAGAUAUUGGCAAUAAAAAGUUGUCAGGAAAAAAAUUAACAGUUGACUGGAGCACUAAUAUUGGUGAAAAUACUAUAGACAUGCAGGUCUUUGGUAGUCAAACUACUCCAUUAUCUAUUGUUGUUUUAGGGGAAAGAUCUUUAUUUUGCCUCAAAGAUGAUGGUACAAUCAGAUUUAUGAAGAAACUUGAGUUCAACCCUAGCUCAUUUGUGGCUUAUGAAUCAGUGAAAGAAGGAUCUGUUAGCAUGUUGGUAGGGACCCAUACAAAAUCUUUGUUAGUAUACCAAGAUGUAACACUUUCAUGGGCAGCACAGUUACCACACAUCCCUGUGGCUGUGAAAGUAGCAAAAUUUCCAAACAUUGAAGGGGUUAUAGUAACCUUAGAUGAGGUAGGUUUUCUGCAGUGCUCCUACUUAGGCACAGAUCCAUCCAUGAUGGUAACACCUGCACCUGAAGCUAGAGAUAUUAACUAUGAGGAAGCAGACAGUGAAAUGAGAGAUUUACAGAAAGUCAUCAGAGAAUCUACAAUUAGUUCAGAGAUACUUCCUCGCACACAGCAAAAAGAAGACCUUCUGAUUCGAGUUCAAGUACCGUUAACAUUAGAUAAAGUAUCACAAUCUAUGGUUGAUGAGGCGGAUGAAGAUAGCUGUCCUUCAAUUACUAUCACGAUCAUGCUGGAGUCUCUAGCCCUUAGACCAAUAGAAAAUGUUGUUUUAAGCAUUAACGCCAGUGCGCCAAUCAUGUGUAACAGAUCAUCGAUUGUGUUUCCUAUUAUUGGUGAUCGAAAUGAGCCUGUCGUGGCAGAGGUGGCGUUCUAUUCCCGUGGAGGAAUGAUUCCAUCGAAUCUUGAUGCCCACAUCACCGCUACUUAUUUAACCAGUUCAGAUGCCCCUCGUGUGGCACAGCAUAAAGUGGAGCUGCCUUUGAAUCUGGUCUGUAAGGGUGCCCAGCCAGUGAAGAAUGCCACUUACAAGCUUACUAUUGAAACAAACAAGGCUCCAGUUAACUUGGCAGAGCUAUUCCCUGAAAUGGUCGACGAUGCAGUUAUUCCUUUGUCUGCUCUAGCCAUGCAGUACAAUGGUGGACCUACAGUCACUAUACUAGCAUCCAAGACAUCACAGCGAUAUCGCAUACAGUGUGACGCCUUUGAGGGAAUGUGGCUUGUGUUGUACGAGCUCGUGAAACGACUUGAAGCACACUACAAAAAGAUUAGGGAUAACGUAGCAUUCCGUGCGUCGUUCAUGGGCCCAUUACCACUACAGGAAUACUACGAGCUGGUUGAUGCUCAUUUCGAGCAAAGACAACACCAGGUGCGAUACCGAGAGAUACUAGCACAGCGAGCACAGCAGUUUCGCUCAAUACAAAGACGGUUAUUAACGAGAUUCAAGGACAAGACACCAGCACCUCUAUCAAACCUUGACACUCUAUUAGAUGGAACAUACAGACAGUUACUGGCUCUCAGCGAGGCAGAAGAAGAAUGCGAGAGAGCUAUAGAGCAGUGUUCUGUUGCUUUAUCUUGCGCAACACGAUUAAUUAACUUCCUCAUCAAAUUAUGGACCAACAUGUCGGACAAAGAAUUUGAAGUUCUAGAGACAGUGAUGUCACCUAUAGUGUCUCAGACAGAAGAUCAGGGCUGGGAAGAAAUGACUGAUGCUGCCAUCUCUCAUCUUCUAAGGACUUGCUUAUCUAAAAGUGCUAAAGAUCAGGCAGUGGGUAUCACGCCGUUGGCGAUGCCCAAAGACACCAGUAAACUAAAGAAACACAUAGCACUACUAUGCGACCGCCUUAACAAAGGAGGGAAGUUGGACCUGAGUAUGACGUCAGGCCAGCAAGCCAGUGAAUUAUCCAUGGUGCAACAGCAAAGACAAAUCAAAGCCUUAGAACCCUUGGAUGAAAUGCAAGAAGACGAGGAAGACGAGACAGACGGAGCACCAAAUGGUGGACUUCCUCCUCUGAAUGAUAGCAGAAAUGGUAAGCUACCUCAAAUAAACCUCGAAAAACCAGCAGCAGACCUCAGCAAGAGGGUACUUGUGGCGAAAGGUAGCGAUGAAGAGAGCAUGGUAUCCAGGGGCGUAGCAGCUGCCAUGAUACCGAACGGGACGUAAAACGUGUGUGAGAGAAACAGAAUAUUUGUGUGAGUAUGACACCCCGAGAGUGCAAGCACGAUGCUUCAACACAAGAAGGUGACUGAGUCAAGGUGAAUGAGUAAUCAAUACUCACGGAUUGGUAGUUGGAUGAGAGGAUUUAAUGACAGAGAAGAAAAAUUCGACUCAGAACUGGAAAAUUUAUUGGCAAAUGUUCAUAUCAUCCACGAUUUCUUUUAUCAAGUUUUGUACUUGACUGCAUGCACUGAAAUUGCUUGACGCCAUUGCAAUUGCUGCUAAUAUAGUUAUAUAGUUAUAAUACUCACAAUGUAUUCUAAAAUCCCUUUAAGCCCUUUAGUAGGCUGGCUUCACUGUUGUAAUGUAAUGACCUACAUCUUUGCAUGGCCUUAGAAAUCCCCUUCGAGCCAUUUUGUAGGCUGGCUUCACUGUUGUAAUGUAAUGACCUACAUCUUUGCAUGGCCUUAGAAAUACAACAUCCAGAGCCGACUAGCGUGCAAAGUGCCUGUUCAUGUUUGACAUGACACGAUGACAGACAAACACGGCACGGCACAUUCAUUUCUUGUUCUUCACCGUCCCACCAAGCCUGUCUGAGUUCCUUCUGCACAACAUAACGCGACAAUGAAUACUUCGUUAUGACAAUUAAUUUCGACUAUUGGCUGUAAAAAUGAACUUCUAUUGUACAUAUGUAUUAUAUACAUGCCUGUAGUUAUAAAUCCAGAUUAAUGUAUUGACUAAAAGUUGUUGAAAAGUUAACAAAAAAAAAUUAGACAAAGUUUCAAGAUAGUUUACGCAUAAAUCAAUGGUACUACAAAAUAUUACUUUUUAAUUAUUAUGUAGUUAUUCUCACGGGAAAGAACCAGUGGACAUUUCGAACCGCUAAUGUUUUUAACUAUCUAAUCCCUCAACUUGUUUAUGCGCGCGAAAUUUGAAUCGAGGAAAUCCGUACUGGGAAUUGCGACAAAAUCCUUUUUUUUUGUGUCUUUAUCACUUUACCUUUAAAUUAUUACUCAUACAAGGAUUAUAAUAGCUACAAUAA